AUAACACACAAGCUUAGAGCAGCAUCAGACUUCACAAGACCUGACAACGAGAUGGAACUUAAUUUACUGCAGGUCCUGGAAUGUGAGCAAGUACUGGAAGUACUUCGCAGAGAUAAGCAGCUGAGAGUCAUAGAAGAGGACAGAAUCAGACUGUUGAAGCAGGACUUGCAGGAGGUGCAUAGAAAAAGUGCAAAAAGCUCUGGGUGGCAGUAUGGUCAAAGGAUAUGUGCGCGGUGCCAGAGGUCACUGGGAAAGCUCUGGAACAGUGGAGCAGUGUGCCACGGCUGCAGUCACCGAAUCUGCCCAAAGUGCCGCGUCAGUGUGACCACCAUUGGCUGGAGAUGCACUGUCUGCUUUACUUACAGAGAUGUAAAAUUCCGAUCUGGAGAGUGGUUCUUGGAGGAAAGGUCAAAGAAAUUCCCUGCCACAGGCAAAAAUGAGAGUGUAGGAGAGAGGCUGCUGAGGACCUAUGGCGUGUUAAGUCAUAUAGCCAUUGUGCCACCAACACCUCCUCCUCAUUUGGAUUGUGCUUUCCUGAGCAAGUCGGGGAAUUCGCAAAACUGUAAACCACUGAGAAGCUCCAUGGAGGAUUUAAUGCUUUCUGUUACCAGUCAUAUCAGAAAGAAAUCAACAUCAGAAAAUGAUGUGAGGUAUGAUCACCUUAAAGUGGAAAACAUCAAGAAAUCAUCUCAUCUGAAUAUUCAGAAAAGUUUAUCAGACACGGAUAUCAGAAGAAGUCUCAAACUUUUCAAAGUUCCCAGCCUUCCAAAUGUGUUUAAGAGAAGCAGAGAGAGUGACCCAGAGAGCUGGUCCACAGGAGCAGAAGACACCACCUCCUUCACUUCAGGCAGCUGUGGCAGCGUGAGCACAGACUGUGGACCCAUGGAUGCCCUCAGUGCAGUAGGAGAACUGGAGCUGGCUGUGGCCUAUGACAACACAACAUCCUGUUUGGAGAUUACUGUGGGCGCCUGUCGAAACCUCAUGUGUGGAGACUCCAAAAAGAAGAAAUCUAACGUGUAUGUCCAGGUGUACAUCCGCCCAGGGAAGCAUGCUAAAUUAAAAACAACAGUGAAGAAAAGUAGCACCAAUCCAGUCUACAGAGAGGUUUUAAAGCAUCACAUAGAACACUCCAUGUUGUUUGGGAAGCAUCUGCAGGCCUGUGUUUUCAACGCUGGAAGCCUGAGGAGGAAAGCAUUUUUGGGGGAAGUUCUGAUUCCUCUGGAUGGGUGGGCUUCAAGUAGGUCCAUCGAGGGCUUCCAGUGGUAUCCUCUGUGUACAAAGAAGUCUGAUAACUGGACCUCUGGGUGACUGCCGCUCUCUGAAACCUCAGCACUAUCUGAAAUAACUUUGAGUUCAGACUGAUCAUUGUACAAUCCAAGACAGCCCUUCAUGCAGAGAAGACCAGACCCUGAAUGCUCCACCAGAACCCUCACCCUCACGUGACUCACCUCCAUCCACAUGUCCUCAUUUGUCAUUAGCUCAUUGCAAAAGGUAUUAGUAAUAGUAAAGCAUGUCGACGCUAAAAAUAAAGAUAAAGGUCAGUGAGACGAUCACUGAAAUGAAUUACUCUCUGUAUCAGCCACUGAUGAGCACCUGGACUCACCCCUUUGAGGGUUAUGUUUUUACUGCUCUUCCUUUGUUCAUAUGGAAUCGUAUGAUUCUAAGAUGACAAACACAUUGAAAGUUAACUUAUAACUCUUAUAUGCCUAUAUUGUCUGUAUAGAAUAAAGAAUUAUUUAAAUCUAAUAA